AUGCCAGACGGCGAAACAUUCUCCAUUUCUCUGGCGUCUCUUCGGACAUCGUUAAUAUCUCGCUUUUUCGUAACAUUUUUCGAUUUUUACUAGGUGUCAAUCGAGAAAUCAGAGAAAACUUUUUCCAUAUUUCUCUAAUUUCUCUUGAUCUCUAGCUCUCUCAUCGAUUUCUUUUGAAUUUCAAUUUUUUUUUCAAUUCAUAUAAAUCCCCAAUAUCUUUCAGUGGAUCCCCAUCACGUCACCUUUUUCAAAUCGAAGCCUCGAUUUUUGUUUCAGUCAGUGUAUACAGUUCGACUGUGGCCUUGUCAGCGUUUAUUGUUAUGGAAAUAUGGUAACUACUACUUUUUCUCAGUCCAUUGAAAAAAUCCUUUUUAGAUUUUAUUUUGAUCUUGGAAGAACUAGAGAAAAAUCAAAAAAACUACUCACAUGAUUUUACGCGAUCGAUUAGCCUUUUAAGAUGCCGAAAGUUCGCUCCAUUGAUAACUUGAUGAAAAUAUUCAUACCGAUCUUCGAAUCGAACCUGAAACCGUCAAGUUUUAGAAAAAUGAUAUGGAAAAAUGAAUUUGGCCGCAUUCUCAAACAAAAAAAUUCCCCCAGCUCGAUCCAACGAAAUUUGAAAACGACUGACAUCUCUGUGACGCUCGCAUGUUUAUGCGCUAUCUAUAAAACCUCGAAUGUACUCAAAACGGCAAUCAAAGAAAAAAUGAUCGGAUCAAAAAAUUGAUUAUUUUUUCAGACCUUCUGCGCUCUCCUGGACAAACCGUAUUCAGCGAAGGAUCUAUCACAGCUGAACAAUCUGCCGUUCAGCAUACUUACUCACAAAUUCUCUUUCUACCCUGAUAAUUCCACCUCCGACUGUAAUCAGCCGCACAAGGAAUGGCUCGAUGCUUAUUUUGUCCCAUGA